AUGGCAAAUAAAGAGUUACAAGAAGAAAGAAAGAAAAUGUUGAAAUUCUCAAAGGAAGCAGCCACGUUGAGUAGAGAUGCUGCUACAACCGAUCAAUUCCAAUGUGGUAAAUGUAAACAGAGAAAGUGUACAUAUUUCCAACUUCAAACAAGAUCUGCUGAUGAGCCUUUAACUACUUUUGUAACUUGCGUAAAUUGUAACAAUAGAUGGUAUCGAUCAGUAGUUAGUCGUACAUUUAGAAGAAAUAGAAGUAGUUCAAAUAUGAAACAUUUAUAUUUUUUAAUUCAAAUCGAUUCUAGCGCACCUAUACUACAAAUGUCAUCAAUAACACAUCUCACAAAGUUCUUCUUUACAAAAUCCACUAAAGUCAUAAGCGUUGGGAACAUCAAGAAGGAAUCAUCACCACACAAUCAUCUUCAUCAUUAA